AUGCUCGGCCGUAUCCUCCUCACUCUCUCCGCCCUCGCCCAAGGCAUCACUCCAUUCAUCGCAGAUUUCAACCACACACACAUCUACAACCCACGCUGGCCCCCUCACGCCAAAUUUCAUAAUGGGCAAACACUCUCUAUGGGUGCUGGACUCUGUCUCAUCACUCUAUACUAUACCUGGCGCUUUCCAGCCAUCUCAAAUUCAAAGUCAAACUCAAAUCCCAAAUUGGGGAUAGAGAAGAAGCAGCAAGCCCCCGAAUCAUCAGAGAUGAUGGCGACAAGAAAAAUGACGCGGGAUAGUAUGAUUACGGCGGCGAUUGCAGGGACUUUGUAUUGGGUCGCGGGGCUGAGCGCGAUAUUGUAUCCGGGGAGUAAGGCGAUAGAUCCGGAGUUUGGGGAUGGGUUUCCGCAGGCGAUUAUUUAUCCGAUCUUUGCGGUGAUGGCUAUUUUGGGGGCUUGGGUGGAGGUCAAAGGUUUGGAGAGGGUUUAG